AUGCCUACAGGCAAGCGCAAACCCACCAAGCGACAACCAACAUCAAAACAAUCUUCAAUCCCCCGCAAACCAUCUUCCAAACCACCUCCCAAACGACAAAAGAACAACAGCACACAAUCUCUAACCCCUGAAGAAAUUGCCCUCGACAGAUCAGACCCAGAUGAUGAAGAUUACCAACCUAACCUACAACUUGAAGAAGAAGAUUCAGACGACAUGAGAACCGAAAACCCUACUGACACAUCUCUAUCUAGACCCCAACCUUCAACCAACAACUCAAGUGCACUCAAUCCUCCAACAAACACUGAUUCCAACGCUAGGAAGAGAACACGUCUUACCACAGCAGCUGUACCUCGUACUCCCAUCACAACAUCCCUAACACUUGAUAAUUAUUCAAACAAUGGUCGACAGCUUGGACGACCAGCCCUUGAGGGGAUGUUGAAUGAUCCGAAACGCAAGACCCAAAAUCGACCUCCAUCAAAAGUCCUCGCCGAAGCUCAGGCGCUACAGGGUUACUAUACAAUGGAUAAGAUGAGCCUGUCAUUGGUUGGCAACACCUCACUUGCAACUCUGGAAUUGGCACUAUUUGAAGGUCCUAUAUCGCGCGACCGCAAUGGCUACACAACAUGGAUGAGUUACAGCCUGGCCAACACAGUGGACAUCUCGAUGCCUGCAGGCCGACAAACCAAAGGCUUUGCUGAACAUAAUCAGAACUGCCGCAAAUGGACACUACUGACUGAUGAUGAAAAAGAGAUAUUUCAGCCUAAACUAUUUGAAAAGCUAGCCUACGCGCAUGUCUCAAACAUUGCCACACCAGUUUCUGAUGAAGAACGUGCAACAGAUCAAGAGAUAAGCCAAUAUAUGCCUUAUUUCACCCAACUCGCUAAUCUGGACAAGGUAUACAAACAUCUCCAAAGUGGCGUACUGGGCCAGACUAUAGCAAAGUCUCUUGCUGUCAUUGAAAAGCGGGGUCGUGAAGAGAUUGGAAAGGUAGCUAUCCAGCUCCAAAGUAUAUUUAAACGCUUUGGGAUUCACUCACACCUUCUGGUUGCCAGCUGGAACCCAAAGACCAAGCUGGAUGAUCCCAUGUGGAAUCCCGAAUAUACAACAUGCCCUCGAUGGGCUGAAUAUGCUAAAAAGACCCACCACCUUGCUAGGGACUUUGCCAUUCGAUCAACUGCAGCACAAAUCGAAACCACUGAAAACAAAAAAUCCAGUAAUCAGAACAACCAAACCACCCAGGAAUCAAUGAGGAAAAAGCUCACCAACUUGCUCAAUCACGAGAUACGAAAUAACUUACCUCGACCCCCUGAGGGGCCAAAGCAAGACGUAUUUCCUAAGACCCCAUAUCCGCAUGCAACCAUAGCUGAACGCAAGUUUCAAGGAAUCCAGUUGGCUGUCCACCAAGCCCCUGACUCGUAUGUCACUGAUGAGAUGUUGGCUCUAGGAGCCAAAGGGGGGCGUCUAACUGACAAACAAGUGGGAGCUUGGAUCAAAGAUAUCGAAGAUGGGCGAUAUUCCAUCCAUGUUGCAACCAACAACGGAUGA